AUGCUGCGCCGCCGUUUCGGGUGCGGCGCAGCGCUCGUAGCUGUCGUUGCUGCCGCCACCGCCCCCGCGCCAUGCGUUGCGCGGCGCGAGAUGCACGGGAAGCCGACGCAGUCACACAAGGUACGCACGCAGCACAGCCGGCGAUGGUGGACGCAGUCAAAGGCGCGCCACUUAACCGCGAUGCCGCACGACGAGUGCAAGUCACGGCCGCACUUCCCCGCGUACAAUGAGGAUGUGGACCGUCCCAUGCUGGUUCCAGCCGGCGUGACGUGCUUCAACUGCGAGAAGCCUAUUGAAGGUGACGACAUCAACAGCUAUGUGUGGAUUCCUGCCGGUAACGCUAAGGUACCGACCCCGCAGGGAUACUUCUUUCAUUUCCACUGCUUCAAGUGCUGGAGAUGCAAAUACCGUCUGAUGCACAACAAGUUCUACUCCAAGGACGGCAAGGCGUGGUGCGUUCCCUGCGCCCUCGGUAGAGAUAUACGGGUCCCUACACGACGGUGGCACACUUCGUACGUCAACACACAUCGCACCGGCUCACGGCUGACAGGGCACUUCUUCCCACGCCACAGCCACCAGAUGGAGUUCCUGUUCAACCCCAACGAGUAG